GAGAAGAGCAGAAACAAAGCAAAAUAUAAUUAGUAAUUAAGAAGAGAAUGGAAGGUGCACAUGAGCUUGAGAAAGAGCUGACUGAAACAGAUGUAGGGCAUAAGCUGGUGGUUCCAGUGCGAUGGCUUGAUGAAAUGCCUCCAUUUGAAGGGGGCUGUCGUGAGGUCCAGUUUGGGGUCCUGGACGACAAGGGCUUCCAUUUUCCUUUGUGCUGCUCCAUUCGAAAUGGUGGUUACCGGAAGCCGGUGCUUCAGGCUGAGGGUUGGCUCAGGUUUGUCAAUUACAAGGGGCUCAAAGUUGGUGACAAGAUUAUAUUUUGUCCUCAGGUAGAUCAUUUCAGAGAAACCAUAUUUCAAGUUAGGGCACAAAGGCAGAACAUCCACGGUCAUUGGGUUGAUAUUUGAUGUGAUAUGAACAAAAGUGAGAUUUGACAUAUAUAUUUAUAUGUAUAUGUAUGUCAAUCCUCUUAUAUAUAGUUCUAUAAGUUUCUGUUUCUGUCAAGCUUAAUUUAUUAUGAGUGAUUGGUAUAUGUAUCUAUUUAAUGAUAUAUAUGCCAAUCUUGUUAUGUAGUUGUAUGUUUAUGUUUUGGAUUAAUAAGUUAAUCUAUGUUGU